GGGCCUGUAGUCCCAGCUAUUUGGGAGGCUGAAACAAAAAGACUCUCUUGAACCCAAGAGUUUGAGGUUGCUGUGAGCUAUGAUGAUGCUAAGGUACUCAACCCCAGGAUGAUGGAGUCAGACUGUCUCCAAAAAAAAAAAGGCAAGUCAGGUACCCAUCUUACAUCCUACAUGGCCACCAGCUUAGCCCCGUGGAGGUUUCCCUGCCUCCAGAACCAGCUGUCCAGGUCUGGUGUCCCAAUGCUUUCCUACCCAUGUAAAAACUUCCCCAUGAUUACAGAAAGAAACCCAACCCUCUGGCUUGCCUGGAGACCUGGCCAGCUCCUCUGACCUCCUGACUUCCUCUGCAGCCUGUCUCCCCAAGCCCCUUCCCUGCCCUCUGCACUGAAGCCACCUCAGAGCAAUCUGCAGGCCCCCUAUUCACCAGGCUCUUUCCUCCAUCCCUGCCUCUGCCCAUGCUGUUUCCUGGGCUUGGGAUGUCUCUCCCCUUCUCUCUCCAGGUGAUCUCUGACGCCCUUCCUGACUCCCCCAGGUAGUGGGGCAAGACUGUGUUGUCACCUGUGUAACUGGGGGAGAAGAACACCAGCAGGGUCCCUGGACAUGCCUCUGCCUUUCUGAGGAUCUGUGGAGAUGCAGGAAAGCAGGCUUGAGGACUGCACCUUCUUCAAUAAGAAGGACAUCCUCAAGCUCCACGCACGGUUCUAUGAGCUGGCGCCCAAUCUCGUGCCACUGGACUACAGGAAAAGCCCUAUUGUCCAUGUGCCUAUGAGCCUCAUCAUCCAGAUGCCAGAGCUCCGGGAGAAUCCCUUCAAAGAAAGGAUCGUGGAAGCUUUUUCUGAGGAUGGCGAGGGGAACCUCACCUUCAAUGACUUUGUGGACAUGUUUUCUGUGCUCUGCGAGUCGGCGCCCCGGGAGCUUAAAGCAAACUAUGCCUUCAAGAUCUACGACUUCAACACUGACAAUUUCAUCUGCAAGGAGGACCUGGAGCUGACACUGGCCAAGCUCACCAAGUCAGAGCUGGAUGAGGACGAGGUGGUGCUCGUGUGUGAAAAGGUCAUUGAGGAGGCUGACCUGGAUGGUGACGGCAAGCUGGGCUUUGCAGACUUUGAGGACAUGAUCGCCAAGGCCCCUGACUUCCUCAGCACAUUCCACAUCCGGAUCUGAGGACACUGCUGAGGCUACAAGGGCCGGGAAGCCCACUAUCCAGCCAGCCCUGCUAUCUACACAGAUGUGGCCUUCAGGGUCCCCAGGAAAGGACCUGUGGCAUCUGGGUUCACAUUUCCUGUGGCCCUUUCAGCAAAAAAGUCCUUAACCAGGGAAGUGGAGUGUGAGGAGUAGGGCCCUUCUCAGGGCCCCUGUGGUCCACCCUUAGGACUCACAGCUCUUCUCCAGCCUCUCCCCAGACUCCCCCAAAUCCUAGUACCUCUCGCCCCUGGGGGGAAGGCAGAAAACCUAACAAGAGGUGGUGGGGUAUGACUUGUCCAAGUGCUGGACAGAUACCACAGUUGCCCAAGGAGGAAUGAAAAAAAAAAAAAAAAGUCAAGAGUUUCAGAGUUUUAAGGAGCUAUGCAAUCUUUUCCCCCUACUCCAGGCUGGGCUGUGCCCUACCAGCUGCCUGUUGCCCUCUCCCGCCCCCUUCCCAAUGUGAAGCUGUGUGAGCAAGGGUUCUAAGGGCUCUGCCCCAUCUCUCUGCCUUGCAGUCACAAGUACCACUUGCCUGCCCUUCCUGUGCUGUGGAAUCUUCACUGGUGUGUGCUGUCCACAGGUUUGUGAACUCUUGGUAGUAAAACACUUUUGUGUCCCUGCAUUUCCAUGUCUACCAAUGUUAGAAAAUGUUCCACAUCGAUAUCUUUGCUUCUGGUCCUUGAAGUCACACCAUUGGUGUGUCCCCUCCCAGGUUAAGCAUUGCCCUCCCGCUUUAGGUGCUAACUUUGAUUUCAGUGAGUGUGCCUUUGGGAAGAAGAUACAUCUGGGCCUCAAAUCUUCCAGCAAGCCCCACAGAGGGCACUGGGUGAAAAUCAUUUCCAUUUUCCUCAUAACCAUAGUAAUUCUGGUCAGUGCUCAUAAAGUACUACCCACGUGUCAGGCACAGGAUUGGUGCCCUGCUCUUAAUCCUUACAGGCCCAAAGAAGAAAGUGUAGGCCCGCUUUUCAGAGAGAGAAGCUGCAUAGCCAGGCGGCCAGUAGGGCAGAUUUCACACAGAUGUGACCUGGUCCAGUUCUGCCCAGGGUCAGGCUGGGGAGCAGGGCAUCUGUGAUGUUCUCUUGGGGAUGUGAGCUCUGCUUUCUGCCUUCUGGGCCUGGGGAGUGGGGCAGCUGACCAACUGUUCACCACUAUGGGGCAAGGCUGGGAGGACACAUGGGUGAAAACAGGAAAGGUCCUGACGGAAGAUCAGGGAGCCAGCCUGAUGUAGGGGGCAGGAGCAGAGGCCUGAGCCUGCAAAGCUGGUGCCUUGGCAAGGCCCUGAGGGCUUCUUGGUGGGCAAGGCCACACUGGGUUAGGGCCAGUUCUUGUGGGCAGGAUCCAAGAGCCAUUACUGAGGGUCAGGACUGGCUGGAGCCAAAAGGCAGAUGAGGGUGACUGGUCAUACAGGGACAGCCACCAGCUGCCCGCUGGCUGGCUCCAGAUAUGAUACAGCAGUCAUCCCAAGCAGCCAACUUGGCUUGGGCCUGCCUCACUGAGGCUAUCUGCCAGGUGCUGACCAGCUAUGUGGCUCCAAAAUGGCAGCUCCUCCUCUCUGGACCUCAGUUUCCUCUCUGCAGCACAGGGAGCUGGGCUGGAUGCCCCUUAGUGUCUGCCCAGCUUGCACCAUGAGGCCGGGAUGAAAGGCAGGGGCAAAGAGGACCUGAGGGGCCUGUUUCUGGAAGCCUCGUCUACCCCAGGGUCAGAGCCAUGGCCCCUGAGGCUGGGCCUUCGCUGUUGCUUCCUGGCCUCUUGCUCUGAUCCCCAGGGUGCAGAAGCACCGUAUGUGGCUCAUGGUCCUCCCUCCUUCCCACUGAUGGGAUCACAGGAGGGGAACUGGUUUUGUUCUCAAUAGCAAUUGCAUGAUGUCAGCCAGUCAG